GCUAUAGGGACCGUGCAUUAGACCGUCACGCCAACUGGUGAUAGAAAUGUUAAAAAUUCGGGCAAAAAAGUUAGGCAAAAGCACGCGAUAUUUUGUUUCUCUAUUUUUAAUAAUAUAAAUAUUAAAAUUAUUCAUAAUGUCUUCAUCCGUAAAGUCUUGCUGUAUCAAAGGAUGUACAGAAAAAUCACGUCGGAUGCACCAAGUCAAUUCGCUAGUAAAAUUUUAUUGUUUUCCUUCGAGUGAACAUGGAGUCUCAUGGAAGUGUGAUAAACGUAUCAAGUGGAUAAAUGCCGUGAAAAAUUAUGUGAAAAAUCCGAAAAACUGGGAGCCAAAUCAACAUACAAGAAUUUGUAGUGCUCACUUCAUAAAUAAUAGUAAAUCAGAUAACUCCAAUCACCCAUCAUACAUUCCUUCUAUUUUUCCUGGAAAAGAAAAUGUUAAGAAAUCAAUUCAACGGCUGCAACGAUUUGAACGGUCAAGAAUACGUCAAUUAAAUAAACAAAUCAACGUCUCGAAAUCUGUAGUGAUUAAUAAUACAAACAGCAGUAUGAACAGUGAUAAUUCAAUAGCAUAUAAGGAUACUAGUUGUUUGAGUGACAUUGUCAUGGAGCAAGACACAGAAGUUCAGGAAGACUUUUUUAUGAAUGAUACGAAUGCUUCUGAUAUGAAUACUUCUCCUCGGGUUUUUCGAAGUAUAACUUGUCACACUGAGCAAUUUAUAUCAGAUAGUUCGACUGAUACUUGUACUUAUUUUUUUGUAAUUUGAAUCAUCAUGAUGGCAUUAGUACCGCUGCAGUCCAGGUCAAUAUAUCUGUGACAAAAACCACGGAUAAAAUGUGUCAAGCUUCGAUGCCACUUAUAAAGAAAAAGGUCCAAGAUUCCAGUUGCGAUCCAAUCGAUUUUGAAUCCGAAAAAUCGCAAUGUCGAGGUUUUCAUGGGUUAUCAUCUAUCACAACUAAUGAAGCUAUGAGUAGCUUAACAGGUGUUACAUUGUCUAUAUUCUCAUUCCUUUUAAAUCUACUCCCAGACUGCAAAAAUUCUAAAGUUGAUAAAAAAACAAAAUUAUUGAUAACAUUGGUGAAACUAAAAACCGGUUUGACAUUUACCGCGAUGUCAGUCUUGUUCGAUAUUCAUCGCACUACUGUUUAUCGAAUAUUUAUAAAUAAUCUGCAGCAGAUGAACAUAAUAAUAAAAAACUUCAUUUUCUGGCCAUCAAAAGUCGCUGUACAAACAACCUUACCAGAAGCAUUCAAAAUACAUUACCCCAACACACGUGUUAUUAUUGAUUGCACCGAAGUCAAGACAGAAGUUCCACCAGAAGUUAAACAUCGGGUUCUAAUGUAUUCAGAUUAUAAACAUCAUCACACAAUAAAAUUUUUAGUUGGAUGUGCUCCAAAUGGAUUUAUAAGUUUUCUGUCAAAGUGUUAUGGUGGUCGUGCUGGUGAUUGUUACAUUACAAAUGAUUGUGGUUUAGUGGAUUUAAUUGAGCCUGGAGAUGUUGUGCUAGCAGAUAAAGGAUUCCCACAAAUACAAACUAAAGUCGACGAAAAAAACGCAAUCUUUGUGAUGCCUCCAUUUUGUACAAAAGAUCAAUUUUCACCUGAGGAAGUAGAUGAAACUUACAAUAUUGCUUCAGUGAGAAUACACAUUGAACGAGUGAAUCAAAGAAUAAAAGACUUUUAUAUUCUCUCCAAAGUGCCAGCAUCACUAUUUUCUCAUAUUGAUGAAAUUGUUUUUGUCAUUUGUGCUAUUAUAAAUAUUCAAGAGCCUCUGUUUAAAGAACGAGAUCAAUCAACGACAGAAUGUAAAACGAAGGAAUAAAUUGUAAAUUUAAAGAAUUAAAUAACA